AGACAGGCACCAUGGAUACCAGCUGGGGGUGGGGGUGUCACUGAUCUCCCCACUGGGAGUCCCAGGGGGUCCCAGAGACGGACCCGGGGCAGAGCCCAGGAGCCCUCGCCUGGCACUGAGAUGCAGCCACCUCUGGGGUGGGGCAAGCGGGUACCAGCCGCACAGAACACCCCGCGGGGGGCGGGAGAUUGGGACAGGAAGUGAAGGCGACUUGUGGAUCGGUCUCCCCCCCGCGUCUGUCUUCAUCCCUGGUUCAUUCAUAAAUCCAGCCAGCCCCUCCCCCUCGCGCUCCGCCUCCGCCCCCGCCGCCGGGAGGGCGGAUCCAGAGGCGGGGACCCCCCCCCCCAGCUCGGAGCGAUGCGGACCCUGCGCUGGCUGGCGGCCCUGGCAGCUCUGCUCGGGCCGGGGCUGGCCCCGCGGGCCGGGGGGGCGGCAGGCCCGGCUGCGGUUUGCCCACCGCGGAUCCGGCUGAACUGUCUCCUACAGCGGCGUAAGGGCUGCGGCCCCGGGGGGAUCCGGACCUGCGGCCCCUGCAUCCGCCCCUACCGCGAGGACCCCGGUGGGGACUGUGUCCUCGAGACACCGCACAGGAAUGGCGACGGGGCCCAGUCGGACACUAGACCCAGUGACCUGGCCACCCUCAUCCGCUCCCUGGUGGCCAACAAACAGAAGGGAUCCAGGACCCCCGGGACCAAGACCCCUGAGCACGUUGGCUCCACGGGGAUUGACCCCCAGGUUCCUUCGGUCACCGAGACCCUCCCUACGUCUCCCCCUCCCCCUACUGCUCCCCCCACCGCCCUGACGCCCAGCUCCAGCCCCUCCCGGCGGGUGUAAGAUCUGAACUCGGGUCCCCCGACUUCCCGGCUCAAUGAGGCCGUGUCUGUGCUGCUGGUGCUGAUGUGCUCCGUGACCGGGGUCUCGGGGCUGCUGGUGGCUGCCCUCUGCUGGUACAGGUUGCAGCGGGAGGUGCGUCUGGCCCAGAAGUUGGCAUAUACGGCGUGUCGGGGGAAUCAUUAUCGAUACCACCAGCCCGGAAUGUACAUGGACGCCCGGCUGGCCCAGUCCUGCCAGGUGCACCAGUACCAGCGCCAGAAAAAGAUCCUGACCAAUGAGGAGAGCCCCCCAAAGCCCGUCCAGCAGCUGUCGACGGAGUCGGAGACUGAGAACGGGGACUUCACUGUGUACGAAUGUCCCGGACUGGCACCGGGUGGGGAGAUGGAAAUCCACAACCCGCUCUUCAGCACGGCGUCCGCCCGGCAGCGCUGCCCCCUAACCCCGCCCCCCACCAUUCAGCCCCCCUCCCCUGGAGCAGCACCGCGCCCCCUGGUGGAGACAUGGGGGGGCAGGUGGAUCUGCUCAGAUUUUGGCAGCAUCUUCCCCAAGAACCUGCCCCCCCCCAGAACGACUCGGGGCGGGGGGAGGUUAAAGGUGAAGGGUCAUCACUCUGAUUUGGGGACCCCCCCCAGGACCCUCCUCGCUCCCCUGCUCUCUACCCUCCCUGCAGAGCCAUCGGUCCAGAGCAUGGUUCCUUUCAGGGGGCAGGGGCUGUGCUAUGGGGCUGGUCCAUAGGGGGAGGGGUAUUGACUGGGGAGAACUACACAAGGUAGGAACCGUAAGAGGGUCUGAGUGGGUUCAGGAGUUGGGGGGAUUGGAUUUGGGGUGACACCAGGAGAAAAUUGACCAGGGGGCCCAUAUAGAAGGAUACUGACUGAAACUAAACAGUGUGUGUGUGUGGGGGGGGGAAGCUCUUUGGGGCGGACACCAUGGGCCCCUCCCACCCGAAACAGCCCACUCCCAGCAGGCCAAGGAGGGGGCUGGAGGGUACCAUGAGAUCCGGGCUGUAUUGAGGUGACACCAGGAGACAGCCAGGGUGGCCUGUAUAAGGGGCAUAUUGACCGGGGGAACCUAAACAGGGAAGGAACCGGGGUGGUGUCCUGCUGGGGGGGGGGACAUGUAUUGAUGUGACACCCCAGGGCGAUAUUGGGAGGUGUCAUAGACUCAGAGGGGACAGGGACUUAGGGGGACCCAUUUUGAGGUGACACUCUGGGGCUGGGUGAGAUCCCAGCAGAUCCCCCAAGCUACGGACCGGGUCCCUCAGGAUCUCUGCUGGCUCCACCCUGUGGUGCUAGAGAGAUCCCAGCAGAUCCCCCCCCCCCAACAGUAGUUUGGGGAGGAGGCUGAUAUAGGGGGAUACGGACCAGGAACCGCCCCUCCCCCAUACACUCUCCUUCCCCCUACGGCCAAGCGAGAGAGAUUUGGAAGAUCCCGGCCGUGUGCACAACGGCCCCACGGCGUCAUACGUGUGCUGGUGGCCGGGUUCCCUCAUCUGUGAUACCCCUGGGCGUCGGGCUCACACGCGUGUCACAGCCGUGUCAGUCACGUGGCUGCCGGCUCGUCCGGACACAGGGAGCAGGUCUGAGCCCCCCAGCAAGGGCCACUGACACAAACCCGCUCUGGUCCCUACACCGGCUUUACCAGGCUCCUGGGAGAUCAGAGGGAGAUGCCCCCUGCCCCCUGAUACUGCUCCCCUCCCCCCCAGUUUCCCAC